AUGGAUUUGGAGAGUAAUCUUGUGGUGGGAAAUGAUGUUGAGGUGGAUUGUAGUCUUGUGAACAUUGAGGGUAUUGAUCAUAAAAAGCAUAUUGGGGAUCUUGGUAUUGUUGAGGAUAUGGAAUAUGGUAUGGAGGUUGGGAAUGACAAGGUAAGUCUUGGUAGGAUUGUGGUGGGUAAGGAUCUUGAAAUUGAGCAUCAUGGUCAAGGCCAAUGUAGCCACUAUGAAACACAGUGCGCAAUGGAAAUCCGUGAUGAUGGUGCAAAAUACUACACACCGGCAACAGAAAAAGAGAUGACACCAUACGAAGGACAGCAAUUCGAAACAGUAGACAUCGGGAUUGAUUUCUACGAAGCAUACGCUAAGGAAGCAGGAUUUGAUGUUAGGCAUGGCACAAAGCGUAGAAAUCGAUUCGGGGAAGUGUCAAUUAAAUAUAUGCUAUGCUCACGAGAGGGUUACAAGGCCAAACGGAAGGAGUCAACAAAUAGCUCAAAAGAAAAAAAGAAACGAAGGAGAGUGUCCAACAGGAUAGGCUGUAAGACACGUAUGGUAAUGACAAAGUGCAAAACUGGUGGGUAUAUAGUCCAUGCAAUGGAACUACGACAUACACAUUGUCUGUGCUCGGACAAUGGCAAACCUUUUUUAAAGAUAAAUAGACAACUUGACAUCGGCCACAAAACCUUCUUGGCUCACUGUGCAAAGGCAAACAUAGGACCCACAAAAGCAUUCAGACUGUUCAAAGAGAUGGUGGGCAGUUUCACAGAUAUAGGAGCAACAUGCAUUGACUUCUGCAAUUUUAGACGGGACCUAUUGGCCUACAUAGCUGAGGCGGACGCCCAAAUGCUGAUAGAAGACAUGUUCAAAAGAAAAGAGGACAACCCGGACUUUUAUUUCGAUUUUGACAUAGACGAAGAAGCACAAUUAACUAGGUUAUUCUGGGCAGACGCAGAAUGUCGGAGGAAUUAUGCAUGCUUUGGAGACGUCAUGUCAUUUGAUGCUACAUACAGCACAAACAGGUACAAGUUAGUGUUCGUCCCUUUCACUGGGGUGGAUAACCACAAAAGAAGCAUUACAUUUGGGGCUGGCUUGAUUGCGAAAGAGGAUGUAGAGUCAUAUGAGUGGCUAGUCAUGAAGUUCAAGGCAGCCAUGGAAUACACACCAAGAUGUACUACAACCGACCAAGAUCCAGCACUAAAGAUAGUAGUACCACAAACUAUGCCAACAACCAGGCACAGAUUCUGUAUGUGGCACAUCAUGUCAAAAGUUGGAGAAAAGGUAGGGGUUGCACUGUGGCAUAAUGCAGACUUCAAAAAGGAACUGAAUAAUACCGUAUGGGAUGACACAUUGACCGUAGAUGAAUUUGAGAGAAAAUGGACAACACUGAUGAAGGACUACAGUCUUGAAGAACAUAGGUGGUUUGCACAACUGUACGAGGCGCGUGCCUCGUGGAUACCAGCAUACUUCAACGACAUACUAAUGGGAGGACUGCUAAGGACGACAUCACGGUCAGAAUCAGAAAACAGCUACUUUGGAAAAUUUACAAACCACCACUGUAGCUUGGUAGAAUUCAUGGCACAAUACAACAGUGCAAUUGGAGAACAGAGACAUAGACAGUUAAAACUCAUUGCAGAAAAUGAAGGUUCAUACCCUGAAACUAAAACCCCUUUGAGUAUUGAGAAGCACGCUGCGAGAGUGUACACAAUAAACAUAUUCUAUGAAUUUCAACAAGAGGUAUGGGAUGCCAGUUUCACGUGCCACAUCACCGACAAAAACUCCGUAGGUGAUAUAUGGACUUACAAAGUUGAGGAACGUGGAAAAAUGUUUGAAGUAACAGAAAACCCAAGCAAGGAGCAAAUAGAGUGUGCAUGCAAGCACUUCAACCGUGUCGGUAUACUGUGCAGGCAUGCACUGUUGGUGAUGAAGACAAGAGGGUACGAAUCAAUCCCACAAAAGUAUAUUGUUCCACGAUGGACACGAGACGCACGUGCACAGCCAUUACACGAUGUACCAUGGGCAAGAAGAACAAAUAUUAUCAAGGCGAAUGAAACAACAAAAGUUGCAAAUCAGCUAUGGAACGAAUUCUACAACUGCAUUGGAUUAGCGAAUGGUUGGCCAGACAAAAUGGACAAAAUGUUGGCAACAUUACAACAACUGAAAAAAGAUCUAGAAAGAGAGACGCAACAAACACAACAGAGUGGCAACAACGAAUCUGUGUUCGAAAGACUAAUAGGAUCACGCAGACCAGGAGACAUACAAAUAAAACCACCACAAGUGGCAAAGAACAAAGGAAGUGGGAAGAGACUCAAAAGCAACAAAGAGAAAGCCAUCACAAAUAAACAACAGAAAAAAGGACGAACAUGCAAUAUAUGCGACUUGCCAGGCCACAACAGUCGCACCUGUCCAGAUAAACUUGCAUCACACGAAGUUUAG